AUGACUCUCACUCAGAAGAUUCCUAUUGAAAUACAAUUUGCACAAGGUUUAGCCGGCAACGAACAGAAAAAUCGCGAUAAAACUCUCACCCUGUUGAAAAAGUUUAUCCGCUUGCGGCUACCUCGAUUAAAAGAACAAUUAAAUGAAGAUGAGUUUAUUAAACUAUGGAAAGGGAUGCAUUACCAACUAUGGAUGCAAGACAAACCACUCAUUCAGGAAAAAUUGGUGGAUGACAUAUGUCAGCUUGUGCAUGACUUCCCUAAUGAAACAUAUACACUGAUGUUUAUAAAAGCUUUCUUUGACACAGAAGCACGUGAAUGGUUUGGCUUGGAUCAGUGGAGAAUAAACAAAUUCAUGAUGCUUGUUCGUGAAUUUCUUCAUAAUUCCUUUCUCUUCUUGAAAAAUUGUCAAUGGAAAGAAAACGUGUGCCAAAAACUAAGUGACAUCAUAGAAGGAAGUGUCUUGAAUUGUACCAACUCUAAUUUACCAGCUGGUCUUAAGAUGCAUCUUAUAGACAUUUUUAUUGCAGAAUUAGGAAAAGUGGUUGAUAAUGAGCUCAGUUCAGAUACUGCAGUUAUUUUGCUAUCUCCAUUUUUGAAUAUUCUUCCUACUGUAAAAAAUGAUAAUGUGAUGAGGAAACUUUUGUCAAUGUUAUUUGAAGCUAGUGGUGGCAAGGAUUAUCCAGUACAGAACAAGAACUCAAGGAUUUGUGGUUUUGUAGAGCGUGACCCUUCUCGGGUUACAGAGAAUAAAUUACAGUUCAACAAAGAACUUUUGCUCAAACAGUUGAUUGAAAAGGGUGCCAGCAAAAAAUGUUCAGCCAAAAAUCGAAGUCAAAUCUACAAAUUAGUCAAAAGAAUCCGGUAUUUUGAGACACAUCCACAAAAGCCUCUCAAAAUAAUCAAAGAAAAAGAUAUUGAUGAAACUGAUGUUAAAAUAUCACAGAAGGAAAUCAAUGUUGCUGCUAAAAUGCUUAAAAAACAUAAGGAGAAAUUAUUUGAAAAUGUACCUACACGCAAAGAGUAUAAACGAAAACUGCUUAUGGAGAAGAAGAAGAAGAAGAAAUCAAAAAAAACAAAAACUGAUUUCAAUGAUGCUAACACUGAAGAGAAAGAAGAUAGAUUCAGAGAUAGUGGUAGUGAUGAUGAUAGUUUGGAGCAUGACCCAGAAGCUGAAUUCUUUCAAAUGUCAGCAGAAAGUGAUAAUGAAAUGUGUGAAGAGGAGAUGGAUGAAGAUGUGGAAAAUUUGAUUAAUGAUAAAUGCUUACUUAAUGGCGAGAUUGAAGAUGAAUUGGCAAAAAGGGAAGUGGCGCAAGAAAGUUCUGCAGCCACAAAAAAAAAUAAAAAAUUACAAAAGGCUGGAUCUAAACGUAAAAAUGAAGAAUCUGUUGAAAAAGAUGCAACUGAAGAACCGAAGAAAAAAACGAAAAAAGAGAGGAGGAAAAAGAAACUGGAUAAUAUUACUGCUGCUGGGAAAAUGGAGGUUGACUUGCCUGAACAAAAGAAGUCAAAGAAAAGAAAACACAAAGUCAAGAAAAUGUCAAUGGAAACAGAUAAUGGCAGUGGAAUUUCUGAAACACAACCUGUGUUUGGAAUGGUUGAUUUUCCAGAGGAAGAAAAUCAUGCCAAAGAAAGUAUAAAACUGACUGAAGAAGUGUUUGAGGUUCAAAAGUCUUCUAAAGACAAUAAAUCAGGUGAAAAAGCAGACAAUAAGAAAGUCAAAAAAGUAAAACAAACUAAGAAAAACAAAAAGGCCCAGGCCAAAAAAGAAUCCCAAGGAACAAAUGACCAAACCUUUUUAAGGAAUGCUAUUGCCAAGGCAACAAAGUCAAGGAAAAGUAGCAAGUCUAAGAAGACAAAAGCUGAGGAUUCAGUAGCAAGUAAAAAAAUACCUAAGACACCCACAGAAAACACACAAAGAGAAAAAAAGCAUGUCAGUUUUAAUAUGAAGCAAAACCAAGCAUUUUGUGAAGGGACUCACUCCAAGCAUCAUCAAACUGCAUUCUAUCCAAGCAAGAAGCCAGAAAAUGGAAUUCUGAAACCUUCACCCUCACCAAUUCGAAUUUCAAAAAAAUUCACAAUGGAUAAAAAACUUUCAAUAUUAGCAAAACAAUCAUAUCUAGCACAUUUAUUUUAG